AUGGUUUCCGUCCUCACCUGCGCAGAAGAUGCGAAGUUGCUGUAUGGGCGACACGAUGUUCAGGUGUGUGGUGAAGAGGUCCACGAAGGCGCCGGGAUAGACCACGAACACAAACAUGCCGAAGCCAUUCACUCGUACUUGCUCCCUAAAGAAACAUGCUUAAAAGGCAUUAUUCUCUUCUUGGAGGAGGAGUUUUACAUUCUUCUGAGCCAAUCAGGACAGGCGGAAACAGGUCAGGUAGGUGAAGAGAACCUCAUAGAGCGUGCAGGCACUGCACAGAAGCCAGGAGGUCAAGUGGCGAUUAUGUCCAAGCGUCCGUCCAACGUCAAGGCCCUGCAGGCUAAUCUGAACAUCCCGAUGGGAGCUCUGCGUCCAGGGGCGGGACAUCCUGUGAGGAGGAGAGAGGAGACGGGAGAAGCACACGAGGCUCAGUCGCCGCCGGACGAGCGGUCCGGGGACGCGGCUCACACGCCGGAGGACAAAAAGACGUUGCCGGGCGCCGUCAAGCUGCCGGGGCCGGCGGUCAACCUCUCGGAGCUGCAGAACGUCAAGAGCGAACUACGCUGGGUCACCAAGGAAUAACACCUGUGCUGCUGUGCAAGGAUCAGUGUUCAGAUGCCGAGGAAGGACAAUAAAGACUCGCCUGCUGCGGCUGUGAAGGCGCUUCAUCGCGUUUGGCAACAUUAGCAGCUUUGUGUGACCCGCUCAACAUCAACAAACAUCUCUGGAAUUAUUGAAAUCAUUCAUACAAACGCAGCAAUGACACAAAACAGCAAAGACACUUUUCACUACCUGACAUUGUUUUAUGACAAUCUAGCGAUGGUGUUUUGUAAAUGGCCGAUUUAACGUGUUGCACUUUUUUUUUUUUGGUCUUAUCCUAUUGUUCUAAUGAAACUGACAUCUGCAGGAGCAAUAAAUCUAUUUGGUUGUGACAUGUAUUUAUGACCCCAGCCAACACAUUUCAGCAAUGUAUUAUUGUCUCAUGGAAAACAAACUUGGAUACACUUAAGAGUAGUCCGUGUACAGCAGGGGGUGUCCAAAGUGCGGCCCGCGGGUCAUUUUUUAACGGCCCCACGGCACAUUUUAAGAAUACAAUUGAAAAAAAUUAAAAACAUAGAGUGGCAUAAAAGAGCUAACAGGUGAAAUGUAACAAUAAAUUGUUGCAAUGCUUACUCUUAUAACACAAGGCUGCCAUGCAGGCUGUUUCUUUCUUUAAAAAAAAAAAAAAAGAAUCAAAAUCAAUGUCAUUUUAAAUUAUUGACCUAUUCAAGGCUUCGAUUACGUCACAUUAAAUAUUCCACUUUGAUAUAUUUUUGGGGGGAAAAUGUUGCAUAUUUUGUGUUUUGCCAUAUAAAAAACUGGGCUGUUUUUUUUUUUUAAAAGAAGGGCCUGAAACCAACAAACAAAACAUAAACAAUAAAACUUCAAAUUGACAGAUAUAUCUGAAGUUGAUUUUGAGAUUAUUGUGCUAAAAGUAAACAGUAAAAAAAACGUAUGAUUUAUUUUUUAACACUUUAAGAAGUAGGACACUUUCGGAUCCCCAAUUAUUUUAGUGUGAUUUGUUUUUAAGUGUCAUUGCUCAAAAAAUAACAAUGAAUCAAAAUCCAAAAUUAAGGCUCCAAUUAUUAUAUAAUCUCAAAUAUUCCACCUAAAAAAGUUAUUGGGUGACAAUAUUGCAUAUUUUGUGUUUUUUUCCAUUUUUUUUUUUGUAAUGUCAAUCUAGAGAUUUAAAACUUGCAUAAUAAUACAAAUUAUAAUACUGAAUAAUGACACAUUUUUUACAUUUUUUUUUUACCAAAACCCUUUGGGGUCCCCGGGAUCAUAACUGAGUGGAAGCCAUAAUGUCUAUUUUUCAUACAUAUAUUGUAUUGGUUUUUAAAAUAAAAAUAAUGAAAAUGGCCCCCGCUUGCUCUGAUUUUUCAGUGUGCGGCCCUCAGUGGAAAAAGUUUGGACACCCCAUGGGUACAGAGACUGUAUGACGACCCUGGAGAACCGCAAGAGUAUUGUGUGUUGUCAAUCUGGGAGAUGCACGAGUGCUGCCAACACAAGCGGGCAGCUGCAGUUCAUUGGGAGGCAAACAUGAAUUCCAACAUAUACGGUGGCAUUGUGAACCAGAAGAUGAUCACAUCUCUUUUUCUUCUUGAGUUUAAAGACACACAGUAGCCCCUUUAAAUGUUUGGGAUGUAACAAUAUGAACAUUUCUUAUCACGGUCAUUGUGACUAAAACCAUCCCGGUUAUCAACAUUAUCGUGGUAUUUUUGAAUGUGCUCAAAAAGUACUUCCACACAAUGAUUUCCUGUUUUUUUUUAAAUAAUCAUAAUAAAUAGACCUACCUUAAAAUUCA